UAGGACCAUAACCAAUGAAGCUUCCGGUAGCAGAUCGGGUACCGACGACCGACACCGCCCCUCUCAGCUGUGCACAGGCGGCCAUGUUGCCUCCCAGUGGUUGCUUCUUGCUUGCUUGCUUUCUGCUUGUUCCGGUAUCUCCGUGUAGCUUUCAGAAUGCGUUGCUGCUGCUUGAACGCAGUAGCCGUUGCUUUCCAUAGGCCUACUGUCCUCUACCAGUGAAGAGAGCAAGCUAGCGCAUACAUACACUUAUCGUGGCAUGUAAUGCUGGAGGAUUUUACAACUUGAUUUUUUUUCGGACGUAUUUUAAGGACAUCAACUUCGUAACACGAGUGUUUGGUGUUCCAAGUGUUGCCGUCCUUAUUUGAAUCACGCACUCGGAAAUAGAGGAGACGGCGCUAUUCAUGGAUAUUUGGUUUUUCUGGACUGCUUAUUAGCCAGUGCGCUUGCUGACCAGACGUUACCCCUCGGAUUAGUAGCUAACGUUACCUAGCUAGCGCAAUUCCACAGCAGACCACAAUACUUGCUACGGUUGCUAGCUUCAUAUCUACUUGGAUGUAACGUUAACAUUAGCUGACUAGCUGGCUGAUUUUCUUGACCAAGCGGCUUAUUUCCAGACGCAAUUGUCCCUCACUUCAAACCAGGAAGAACAUUUUUGUGCUAAAUAUUCACACCAGCAAACGUUAACGUUACCUCGUUAAAGUUAUUUGUCAGGCAACGUUGAUUAUUCAUUUUUCUGCAGCGAAGGUCGGUCGAGUUGGAACCGAUUUAGACCGGCCUGAUGUAUUGAAUCUACGGAUUUGAUUUUGGACUGCCUCAACACUCACACAGAUCCGACAUUUUAAACACCAGUUUUUUCUCCUUUCUCUUUUUCCUUUUUAAAACCUAAUGUGGGUGUGCAAAUCAAGCGCAGUUGGUUUUAUGAAGUGCAAGACCGUGACACGUUGAUGUGUUUCCUUUGUUGGAUUGCCAGUUGAUGGUAACGUUAACGUUAACUAACGUUAAUUUGGACUGGCUAUCAGUACUGUAAUCUAUUUUCUGUUUGUCUAUUUCAUAAAUCAGCCCAUGCAGUUGUCGGAAUCAGCAAAUCAGGACAUUGACGGUUAACCUUAGAGUGAUUAUAAAUUCUGACGUUUGGAAAACUUUUGCAACCCAAUUUUUCACCUCUGUUGACAUGGACACGUACUUGUAAUGUGGGAUUCAACUUGUUGAUCUUUGUCUGCGUGGCUAGCUAGCUUGCUAGCUCUUUGGACCUUUUUGAUCCUUGGUCCUCGACCAAAAGGACAGUAAUAACCUCUACCGCUAAAUGUGUGUAUGAUUCUUAGACAUUUUUCUUCAUCCCCGGACCCCUUUUUGAAGAUCCCUGACCAAAAAUGUCAUCCCGGCCUCCGUUACUAACUGUCAUAGAAAACUCGUCAGGUCAGACACACACGGACUCCAAGGGAGGAGGCCGUCCCAGCAUGCCGCGCUGCCGGAACUCUGUUGCCACAUCAGCAGAUGACCCACAUAUCGGCAACUACCGGCUGCUCAAGACCAUCGGCAAGGGCAACUUUGCUAAGGUCAAGCUAGCCCGGCACGUCCUGACGGGGAAGGAGGUGGCAGUAAAGAUCAUAGAUAAGACACAACUGAACUCUUCCAGUCUUCAGAAACUCUUCCGGGAAGUGAGAAUCAUGAAAGUCCUGAAUCACCCAAAUAUUGUGAAAUUAUUUGAGGUGAUUGAGACAGAGAAGACUCUGUAUUUGGUGAUGGAGUACGCCAGUGGAGGUGAGGUAUUCGAUUACCUUGUUGCUCAUGGGCGGAUGAAGGAGAAGGAGGCCCGUGCCAAAUUCAGACAGAUUGUCUCAGCAGUUCAGUACUGCCAUCAAAAGUGCAUUGUACACAGGGACCUAAAGGCAGAGAACCUGCUUCUGGAUGCAGACAUGAACAUAAAAAUUGCUGACUUUGGCUUCAGUAACGAGUUCACGGUGGGGAACAAGCUGGACACGUUCUGCGGCUCGCCGCCGUACGCAGCCCCCGAGCUCUUCCAGGGCAAGAAAUACGACGGGCCUGAAGUGGACGUCUGGAGCCUGGGCGUCAUCCUCUACACGCUGGUCAGCGGCUCGCUCCCCUUCGAUGGGCAAAACCUGAAGGAACUGAGGGAGCGUGUACUGAGAGGGAAAUAUCGUAUCCCCUUUUACAUGUCCACUGACUGCGAGAACCUGCUGAAGAAGUUCCUUAUUCUCAACCCCUCUAAGAGAGGCAGCCUGGAACAAAUUAUGAAGGACCGCUGGAUGAAUGUCGGUUAUGAGGACGAGGAGCUGAAGCCGUAUCUAGAGCCUGAGCUCGACUAUAACGACCCCAAGAGGACAGAUAUGAUGAUACAGAUGGGCUUUUCCCAGGAGGAAAUCAGAGACGCUCUUGUCAACCAAAAAUACAAUGAGGUCACAGCAACCUUCCUAUUGCUGGACUACAGAAACUCAGAGUUGGAAGAGAGUGUCAACCUGCCAACGAAGGCCCGGCCAGGAAGUGACCUCACGAACAGCAAUGCCCCAUCGCCGCCUCACAAAGUACAGCGCAGUGUGUCAGCGCAGAAACCUCGGAGGGCGACAGAUCAGGGCUCAUAUUCAAAGCGCGCUCAGGGCGACAACAAACACACCACUGAAGACACCGGACGCAAGGGCUCCAGCAGCUCGGCCAAGGUGCCGCCCAGUCCUGUCACUCCCAGUGACCACAAGAAGAGCUCGACCCCCUCCUCUAACUCUAUCCUGUCUACUGGCACGAGUCGCAGCCGAAACUCUCCAAUCGCUGAGAGGUCCACGCUCGGGGUCCAUAAUGGCAAAGACAGUGCCCCCCCACAAAGGGCUCCUGGCGCAUCCCCCUCAGCUCACAACAUCAGCAGCGCAGCGGCGGGGGACCGUACCAACUUCCCACGAGGGGUGGCCAGCCGCAACACUUUCCACGCUGGGCACCGGGGGGCGCGCGACCAGCAGGGCUCGCCCUACCACGGGCCGCCCGCCUCGCCAUCCCUCUCCCACGGCAACAGCCAGCAGAGGAGGCCGGCCGCCUCGGGCAUUUUCAGCAAGUUCACCUCCAAGUUUGUGCGCAGAAAUCUGUCAUUCAGAUUCCCCAGAAGGAGUCCGUAUGAGGCAGAGGGUCGGGAGGAAGGGAGCAGGUCCAUGCUCAGCAGUACGGUGGAUAAGUCUGAGAAGGGCGGAGGAGGUGGCACUCUGGGCUCUGCGGGCGACGAGAACAAGGACUCCUUCAGCUCCUCGUCCCCAGGCAGCGGCACCCCGCCACCAGUUUCUUCACUGGCCCCGACCUCGGCCGGCCCGCCGGGCAGCGGAGGAGUCGGAGGCGGCGGGGGCAUGGGCACGCUCAAGGACCAGGCCAAGCCGCGCUCGCUGCGCUUCACCUGGAGCAUGAAGACCACGUCGUCCAUGGAGCCCGGUGAGAUGAUGAAGGAGAUCCGCAAGGUGCUGGACGCCAACAGCUGCGAGUACGAGCUGCGCGAGCGCUUCAUGCUGCUGUGCGUGGCCGGCAACCCGGCGCGCGACGACUUUGUCCAGUGGGAGAUGGAGGUGUGCAAGCUGCCGCGACUCUCCCUCAACGGCGUGCGCUUUAAGCGUAUCUCGGGCACAUCCAUCGCCUUCAAGAACAUUGCCUCCAAGAUCGCCAACGAGCUCAAGCUGUGAGGAGGAGGAGGAGGAGGAGGAGGAGGAGGGGUGAUGGAGGGCACGGAACGAGGGAUGGAUGAGUGGAGGGAGGGAGGGAUGGAGAGGGUUUAAUGCCUGAGUGGAUAGGAAAAACUGAACAAGCAGGCUGUGAAGCAAAGAGCAGCACUGCUGUUGCACAGAGAAGUAGUGAGUGCAACAGCUGACUUUUCUCUGACAAUUUUUGUGUAUGAGAAGAGGAUAGGAAUAUGGUGUAUAGUUAGUCUGAAAACCCCAUCUGAAGCAGCAUUGAACGAAAAAUAGCGAUUUGUUGGUGGGUCCUUAACAUACAAUCCGAGUUUUUUUUUUUUUUUUUUUUUGUCUUCUCCCUCCCUGUCUGUUCCUUUUUUGAGCCCCCAAGAAAUUAUUUUGUAUAUUUUCCUCAUUUCUGCAAUGUUUUUUUUUUUUUUGUUUUUUUUUUUGUCGUCCUUGAGCUCAGGCCUGCACUUGGGCAUAGAAUCACUACAUGGGUGUAUGUCGGGUGAGAAUGGAGGAGGGCACGAGGAUGGCAACAGCGGACCCCGCCGGACGUCCUGCGUGUCUUUACCCCCUCCCCACCCUGGAGCACCUCACCUGAAGCCCUCCCACAGACUGUAACGCCUCAUUGCUGCGAAUGUCCUCGUGUGAUCUCGACACGCUUAUCAGUGGCCGAGGGUUGUUUGGGCAUCGCUGCGAGAGCACGUGGAGCAAGCCAAGCAGAAGGCCAUCUGCCUUCCCCCAUCUCUGCCUUCGCUGUCCCGCACACAAACUGACACACACACUUUCGCGUGCACGCACACACACUGACACACACACUUUCACUCCCACACCACCAGAUCGCCAAAACACCCAAUCACCUUCAGAUUGUGUGAGCACAAGGAAGGUGAUUUAGUUUGUCUACUUUGUGUGUGUUUUUUUUCUUUUAGCUCUGUCUGCUGGUUUCACUGGAUCUCUAGAGUUCAGUUUAUUUUGCCUUUUAUUUCAUUUUGUUAAUAAGAUGAGUUGAGCAAGAAUCAGAAUGUAUUUCAUAGUAUUAUGGAUGAUUGGUGAUUUGUGGUCUGUUGUUCUUGAGAAGCAAUUAUUACAGUGAUCAUUUAGAUUGUUUUGGAAGGGUUGUAUCACCACCACCACCACCAUUAUCACCUCUGAAGAGAAUGUCCGAAGUGGUAAAACAAAAAGGACACAAAACAAAAUUAAAACGUCUCCAUCUUGCCUCUCCUCGCACGAAAAACAAAGACGAGAGGGGAGGGAGAAACCAUCAUCCUUAAACUCUUGCAUCUCCAUCGCCAUGUCUGUACAGCUCACAGCCCUUUGCUGGUCACUUGACCCCCCCCAAAACCCAGGAAUCCCUUCGAAAGGACUAGUGACUAGAGGGCUCAAGACUUGACACUUAUCUUCCAAGAGUCCGUGCCCGUCGGCUUCAUCUCCGUAGGCCUCUCAGCCUUGGGCUCUCCAGCUCCCCCAGGAGAAUGAAGCUUGUGCUCUGCCUUCCAGUGCAAUGGAUGCCCAGCUGUCAUCAGCAUUAAUGUUGUUGAUUAUUAUUGUUGUUAUUAUAUCACAUUUUGCUGUAAUUGUAUUUUUAUGAAAGAAAAUCUGAGGUUGCGUGCGUGCGUGUGUGUGUGUGUGUGUGUGUGUGUGUGUGUGUGUGUGUGUGUGAACGAGAAAGAGAGAAAGAAAAAGAGGGAGUUUGCCACGUGUGUGUGUAAGAGAAAGUGAGAGGACUGGGACGCCUGCAACCCAAAGACCUGUUUUGUCAGACAUAUCUAUACACAUACUGAUUGUAUGAGAAUAGUGAGAAGACCACAGUGAAAAGUACCAAGCAUCAAGAUUAGAUCACUUUACUACUGGUCACUUCUUUUGAUUAUAUUGUUUUUGUUUUUCUACAAUAUUUUAUUGAUCUAGUUUUGGUGUGAUGUUGGAAAAAAUAGACAGUAUAGACUGGCAGGGAUAUAAGCACAGAAGAGAGAAUGGGAGGGGUGAUUGGUGACUGUGUGUGUGUGUGUGUGUGAGAGAGUGUGUGUGGAAGCGAUGGAUUUCGUGUGCGGUUGUGUACGUGUUCAGUUAUCUGUACAUGCAUGCAUCACCCUCUAAUUCAGAGGUAAAGGGGGAGGUUCAGAAAUGACCUGUCAGAGAUUAUAGUUGGGUGGGGGGAGGGGUAGGCUACCUGCCUAUCAGUCAGCAGUUUCGGGGUACCUGUGCACAACUGUAUAUUUUAUAUCUUCUCUGAUGAUCUUUCUGUUUUUAUUUUCAAUACAUAUUUUUUUUUGUUGUACUCUCAAAUGAUCGUUGUCUAUGGUGCUGGGAAUCGUAUUGUUAUAUUAUUGUUAUUAUUAAUAUUAUUUUCUUCAGGGUUGAUUUUUAUUUCAAAAUUUUUCAUUGCUGUAAUUUUUCAAUGAUUUCUGUGUCAGACUCUGAAAAUGGCAAGGGUGAGAGAGUACGGGGGUGUGAACAUGUAUAAUUUUUUUUGUGCAGAGAUGAUGGUUAUGAUCGAUUCAAUCAUAGUAAUAAAAACAAAUGAUACUAAAAUUCAAACAGGUCGCGUUGAUAUUGACGCAAGAAAGAAUGUGAUUCUCUUCUCUUUCAUGAUGGUCAGAUGUAAGGAUCUGUGAAAGUGGUAUGUUCCAUCAGAACAUUGUCCUGAGUAACUUGAAACGAAAUGUCCUCCCAGAAGUUUGGCACCAAAUCGACACGUUCGGUUAUCUCUGUUGUUAAAAUAUCUUCAUGCUGCAUCAUUAUUAAAACUCCAGCAUCUCUGAUCUUUAUAA